AUGAGAAACAGGGGAAAAGAUGUCGCGACAAGCGGACAGUUCUAUCGUGUUUUUGCGUCGUGGUUCGGAAGGCCAAAACUCAAACAAAAUCCCACCCAAGCCACUCCUGUCCCUCCGGAGACCUGUAGAGCUACCGCGGCUGUCGGGGAUGGAAAACCGCCGAUGACAUCGUCGCUUAUACCUGCCAACGCGUCGAUCAACAACAUUUUGAGGCUACACGUUCAGCAUGAAAGGUGCCGAUUGAAAAGUUGGAGCACUUUGGCUGGUGAUAGUGAAGAACAAAAGGAAAGCUGCACGUCAUCCAGAAGCCGUGCUUUCCGUAGGCAAGAAUCAAAACAUUCAACCGAAGAGAUAGAGUGCUACUGCAAUGGUGUUGAGCGGGGCGUUGAAGUUGUAAAUGUGAACCUGUCCGACAAGCCGAAAUUCCUAUUCGAGAAACACCCUGAUGGCAGAGUACCAAUCCUCGAGCACAACAAUAAGACGAUAAUCGAAUCAAGUUUGAUAGCAGAGUACUUGGAUUGGAUCAGUCCUGCCAAACCCAUACUACCAGCCGAUCCAUAUUUGAAAGCAAGGCAAAGGAUGAUUACAGCGCAGCUGGAAGCCAAGCUACCCGCGGCUGCCUACGCUCUUGUUAAUGAGCAACGAUUUCCUGCAGAAAAGAAGCCAACUAUGGCAAUGCUUCACGAGGCUCUCAUUUUGGCUGAGAAGUUGCUUACUGACAUUUUCUAUGGAGGUCGUGAACCAGGUUUUGCUGACUAUAUGACAUAUCCCUUCAUGGAAAGGAUAUGGAUUUGGACCCAC